AAUAAACCAAACAAUUCACUGCGGAAGUGUUUCAUCAUGGCUACACUUCGGAACACGUUUUUUCGGAAUUUCUUAUUUUGUAGAAAAUCAAAGAUUUUAAAACAAUUUCAUGUAAUUUCUCAUAAUUUAUCGUCGAUCAACCGGAUGGUUGGUUGUGACAAAAUUUUAGAAGUUGGUCAACUACCCUUAGUUCGACGGAUAACGGGACAUCAUCAACUAGAUCUACAGAAACGAAAAGUUUUGUCCUCUAACCAUAAUUUCUGCUGCUGUCCCUCUCGGUUUGCAAGCAUUUACCGUAAUAACCAAGGAGCCAAACAAAAUCGACCGAAGGCGCAGACCACUAUUGAUGAAGAGGAAAUUGAAAAGUUCUCAGCUCUUGCUCAGCUCUGGUGGGAUGAAACUGGAGAGUUUGAGGCUUUACACUCCAUGAAUAGCGUUAGAGUACCAUUUAUUCAAACCACUUUGCAAAACUCUGCAAAGGCAAACUGUGUUCCUUCAAAAUCUUUGCAGGGUCUAAAAAUUUUGGAUGUUGGAUGUGGUGGCGGUAUUUUUUCUGAGCCAUUGGCAAGAUUAGGCGCAACGGUUAUUGGUAUUGAUGCCUCUGAAGAAAAUAUCAGAAUUGCUCAAAAUCACUUGAGGAAUGAUCCCAACAUUGUGUGUAAAGUGAAAUACAUCCAUUCAACUGUAGAAGAUGUUGUUGCUACAGAAGGAAACACAUUUGACGCAGUUGUGGCUUCUGAAGUUGUCGAGCAUGUUGCAGAUGUGGACUCUUUCAUUGAAUCCUGCUGCAAUUUAGUGAAGCCUGGUGGUUCACUCUUUCUGACUACAAUCAACAAAACAGUGUCUUCCUAUUUGCUUGGUGUGCUGGCUGCCGAACGUCUGCUACAUCUAUUGGCUCCAGGAACUCACAAUUGGAAUAAAUUCAUAUCUCCAAUGGAUCUUCAAUAUCUUAUUGAAGGGAAUAAUUUGGCCACAAGACUUGUUCAUGGAUUAAAAUACAACCCAUUUACCAAAAAAUGGAAGUGGUCUUCAGAUACUAGCAUCAAUUAUGCCAUCCAUGCCAUUAAACCAAUAUCUUGAGAUUUGAAAAAAUGCAGCCAAAAGUAAAAUAGUUGCAUACCAAAAUUUCUUCAGAUAUGCAACAGUAUAAAUAAUCCAAUAGACACAAAAAUAAAGAAAAUAUCUUUAUUAAACUUUACAAUUUAUAAAAUAAUUUUGGACGUGUGUGUAUGUAUAUAGAUAUAGGAAAUGUGUGUGUGCGUGCGUGCGUGUGUGUAUAUAUAACCAAAUGUCGUGUUUUGUGAUAUCAGCAGAUGCAUACAACCCAAGCAGGUUCACAUUCAGAUUACACAAUUAAGAAUCAACAAACAAAUUCAAACAAAAAUAAAUCCGUUUAGAACGAGAA